ACUCACCUCCUCGGGCUCUGACAGGAUGGAGGUCCUGCGCGCUGCUGCCGCCUCCUGCUCUGAAAUAAACUGAGAUAAAGACUCCAGCAUCAGCAGCAUCAUCAGUAGCAGCAGCAGCGGCAGCAGGUCAGAGUUUUUCAACACCUCCUCGUCUUUGCUCAUCUCUGCUGGACUCACCGGGCCCUGAAUCCACAUCCACAUCCAGCGCUUUAUAUCCACAUUAUUCAUUAUUUUCCGCACCACAGAAAUCCCACUGGACUGAGUGUGUCGUCUGUUUUUCCCCCAAGAGAAGGCUUCCAGGGAUGGAGUCGAUGCCCGGACAGCUUCGAGACGCGGGACGAGACGUCAGCUCUUCCCCGAGUUCAAAGCAGGACGCGCAGAGCUUCCCAGAUCCACGCUCCCUCAAGCCGAACCAAGUGGGCGAGACGUCCUUGUACGGGGUCCCCAUCGUGUCUCUGGUCAUAGACGGGAAGGAGAGACUCUGCCUGGCGCAGAUUUCCAACACCCUGCUGAAAAACUACAGCUACAACGAGAUCCACAAUCGGCGCGUGGCUCUGGGCAUCACCUGCGUGCAGUGCACCCCCGUCCAGCUGGAGCUGCUGCGGCGCGCUGGGGCCAUGCCCAUCUCCUCCAGGCGCUGCGGCAUGAUCACCAAACGCGAGGCCGAGAGACUCUGCAAGUCCUUCCUGGGCGCGCACGUCCCUCCAAAGCUGCCCGAGAAUUUCGCAUUUGACGUGUCUCAUGAGUGCGCGUGGGGCAGCCGAGGCAGCUUCAUACCCGCGCGCUACAACAGCUCCAGAGCCAAGUGCAUCAAGUGCACCUUCUGCAGCAUGUACUUCUCCCCAAAUAAGUUCAUUUUCCACUCGCACCGCACCCCGGAGUCCAAGUACCUGCAGCCGGACGCGGCCAACUUUAACUCGUGGAGACGCCACUUGAGACUGACGGAGAAAACGCCGUCUGAUGACAUUAUCCACGCGUGGGAGGAUGUAAAGGCCAUGUUCAACGGGGGGAGCAGAAAGAGGACUCUGCCCAUGAGCGGCUCAGGAAUGUCCUCGUCGAUGAAAUCACAGGCCGCACAGUCCAGUCUGGCGCGAACCUCGUCCCCUGAGAUUCCCCGCAAAACUUUACGCUGCGACGAGGAUCAAGGGAAUAACAAUCUGACUUUGGCGAGCAGCGCGCGCAGCUACCCGGUCAUCCCGGUGCCCAGUAAGAGCUUUGGCAUGCUCCAGAAAAUCCCCCCGCCUCUGUUUCCCCAUCACCCGUUUGGCUUCCCCAGCUAUGGACUGUGUCAGAAAAAGAGCGACGGUGUCCCGGAUGCCAACAAAACCACCGUGUCAGGGAUGUUCUGGCCCGGCGCUAAAGACGCCCUCUACCCCGCGUUCCCCAUGUUCUGGCCCACGCCCGCGGGCCUCCCCACGCCGCCCUAUCCGGGCUCUCCACCUAAACCUCCCGCCGAGCUGCCGGGCGUCCGCCAGGGCGAGCUCGACCUGUCAGACCAAAGCGACCGGGGCGCAAACACACCCAAAGACACCCCGCACCACCCGCAUAACCACCACCACCACCACCCGCACCUUCAGCAGCAGGACAGCGGGGAGCGCUGCUCCAGCUCCCAGUCCUCCUCCACCAGGAACGACGAGGACAAAUCCGGGGACGAGACCUCCCCGAGGAAAAUCAGCUACAUUUCAGCCUUCAGGCCAGUGGUCAAAGACGCAGAGUCCAUCGCCAAACUCUACGGCAGCCGGGACACUUACAGCGUGCGCCCUGGUUAUCUGUCCCCGGAUUUUAUCAGCGAGAGCUCCAGUUACAGAUCCAUAUCACCGGACAGGGACAGCGUAGUGGACGAAGACGACGACCCGGACGUGGACGUGGAAUCCAACCGAGGGCAGGACGACGAUGACGAGCCCAUCCGGAUCUCACCUGGAGUGGAGCACCGUGACUCUCCUGUGCCGGACCGGGUCUGUGCAGGUGCUGAGGAGAAGCAGCAGGAGCCUGGUGCCUCCAGCCCCGCAGCAUCAGCAGCAUCAGCAGCAGCAUCAGCAGCAGCAUCAGCAGCAGCAUCACCGGAGCACAGCGCGCACUCCGGGUCAUCAGACGAGGACAGACAGAUGCGUAAUGGCUCCCCUCUUCAUGAAGUGUACGCGCAUGAAAGGGACAAGGAGCCUUCGCCCUUCGGCUCCACGCGCUCGAGCAGCCCCAGCAGAUCCAACGGUGGUCAUGAGAUGCAGAGUCAACGCUCAUCAUCGUCAUCAUCAUCAUCAGCAGCAGCAGUUUAUCAGGAGCAGAAUAAGGACAGACAAGCGGAUGGAGCUUUACGCAUCGACAUCAGUGUGCAUGAAAGAGACCUGGAAAACAUGGCUAAAGAGGAAUUACAGAAGCAGCUUGUGGAGCAAGUGGAGCUGAGGAAAAAGCUGGAGAGGGAAUUUCAGCAUUUAAAAGAUAAUUUCCAGGAUCAAAUGAAGCGUGAGCUGUCCUACAGAGAGGAAAUGGUCCAGCAGCUGCAGAUUGUCCGAGAAGCUCACGACGCCCUUCACCAUUUCUCCUGCAAGAUGCUCACGCCGCGCCAGUGCACCGGAGGCUGCACCUUCAAACCGCCGCUGCUGCCGCCGUAGCGUCCCGGCACGCGUCUGCUGCUCCUGACCUCACCUGUCCUGACCUGACCUGACCUGACCCCUCCCAGAGAAACACGUACACACACUGAAAACACAAACACACACAGGUCCCCCACCUUUGAGAACUCUCAUGUGUUCACCUCUCACCUCUCACCAACCGAAACCUGCUGUACAGACACACACACUCGAGGUUUUCUUAGCACUGAAAAAGCUCGGGAGAGAAGAUUCCUGAACUCUUGAGUGAAAGACCUGGGAUUUCCCCUAAAAACAGUUCAUGUCAUGAUCUGACGCUGCAAACGCUGCAAACCAAGGAGUCUCUGAAUGGAAGAAGAAAAACAUCACUAUAUACAUAUACAUAGAUAUAUAUAGAUAUAUAUAUAUCUCACGUGACAAUGUGCAAUGGCUUGUAUCAUUUAAAAAAAGAAAGAAAAAAAAUGUAUCUCAUUAUUUACCUUUCUCUUUUAUUUUCUGACCUUGUGUUUUUACACUGUGUCUGUGUCCGAGGAAUUAUUAUGGUUUAAGGUUAUUUGUAAACACUGCACUUUAAAUGGGCAACAUUUUUUUUUUGACCAAUGGCCGUCGUCGUCGUCGUCGUCGUCCUAACACCAAACUCUCGGAUCCACACGAUUGUGAGCACUUAGCGCCCGUUCAGGUUUUGCGGAACAUUUUAAAGUGAGUUGACGGUUUAAAAAAGAAAGAAAAAGAAAAGUGAGACAUUUGUAGUUAUCGUGUACAGUUUACAGCGUUUGAGUUCAGAUCCCAUCCCCAUGACUUUCUCCGUUUCAGGGUUUUUUCUACCAUCGCGUGCUUCUGAAACUAAAAACUUAAAAACAAGAAACCAAAACUUUUUCUUAUCAUCUGAUGGUCUUUUUUGACUUCUGUAUAAAAUACAUGUAAACUAACGUUCACACUGCUGCAUUUUUUCCCCCCCUC